AGACGUUCUUUCCUCCAGACUUUCAGCUUUCCAUUGCAUUGGUUUUUAUUUUUUAAUUUUUUUUGUCUCAUCUGUUCAUAAAACUGCUUCAAAACUCUUCAGGCUUGUCUUUGUAUUUUUUGACUAAUUCUAAUCUGGCCUUUUGAUUCUUGACGUUGAUGUGAGGUUUUGCAUUUUGCUCUUUUGAUCACUGAAGUUGAAGCACUAAACUUCCUCUUGAAUCAUGCAGGCAAACAGAGGGGUCACAUUGAUCUUGCUGAGUCUAAUGACAAGACUGGGGAGCCCAAAGCCUGUACUGACUCUGCAGCCUAACUGGCCCCUGUUCUUCACUGGAGAGACCGUCACUCUCAGUUGUUUGGGAUGGCCUGAUAUUCGAACUGGAUUCACAUGGAGUAAAUUUGAAUUAAACAGUUGGACACUGAAGCACACAUCCCAUGAAAACACCUACACCAUCUCAUCUGUUACUGUAGCUCACGGUGGUGCAUACAGGUGUGCUGAUUCCUCCUCCCACAGUGAUGAUGUCAGAUUGACUGUGUCAAACAAACCCCAGCCUGUCUUGACUGCCCCUCCGCACAGGCAGUUAUAUGCAGGAGAAUCUGUAAGUCUCUCUUGUGAGGUUACAGGGACCUCUGCUGGCUGGAAAUAUUACUGGUACAAAGGAACUGGACCACAUGACAUUGCCCAUAUUGCCAGAACAGCUAAAGGCUUGUACACCCUCAGUGCUGCUGCUCUUACACACACAGGGGAGUACAGCUGCAGAGCUGGGAGGGGAGACCCAGUCUGGUACACAGAGUAUAGCUGUCCUGCCUACAUACAGGUAAUAGCACCACCGAAGGCCACUCUGACUGUACAGCCAAAAUGGCGCCCACUCUACCCUGGAGAUACAGUCACCCUGAUGUGUUGGGUGGACCCAUAUGGCAACUGGACAUAUUUCUGGUAUAAAAACCAGCCCCAGACCGCUAUAUUCUUCACAAAGGAGUACGCGGUGACCAUCACUGGAGCUGCUGGGUCUGACCGGGGCCCGUACUGGUGUGAGGGGAGGCUGGAGGGGAGAAAUGUGACAUCACAACCCAGCGACUCUAUCACUCUGACUGUAGGUAGACUGGUAUUCGGUCUGGGAGCUGCUCCUCUGCUGCUGGCCUCCAUUAUACUGUGUGUGAAAUGGUGCAGGAAACCAGUGCUUCCAUUCCCCAGGACAGCCUCAUUGCAGUACGGCCAACCGGAUGGCCAGUUCCUGAUAGACCAGAGCAUCUUACAGAUAGGAAGUGAGAGGCUUCUUUCAAUAAAAUCAAUGAGAUGAAGGACAGUGUCUCCUCACUGAACUUCAUCACCAGCAUACUCCUUCAAGCUGAGCUGUACAUUCGAGCAUAUUCAGAAACGGUAACAUCUUUACUUUUUGCACUGUGCUAUUUACUGUUGUGUGUUCAGGAAUUCUCGUAUAAGAUAGGACUGCAUGUGAUCAGAAACACCAACAAAUGAACAACUCCAGUGACCUUUGACCUUUAACACUGAUUGUUUCUGUUCAGAUCAUCAACAUCUUGCCACAGAAAUGGCAGCCAGGCUCUGUGUGCCAUCAGACAGCAAGGAUGGUCAUGUCCGGCUUUGAAUGUGCUCAUGAUUUUGGUCUUCUGAUGAAUUUUACCCACAUGCAAAGUAUUUGCCUCAGGAGAGCUUGUAUUUGUCAUAAUCC